CUCUUGCUAGUGCUUUGCCAACAGCGCCAGUGGGUAGGGCCGUGCCCUGCACCUGAGCCGUCCCUGGUGGUAAAGGCAGGAAACUUGGCCAGCCCAUGUCUGUGGAAGCCACAAGAGGGACACAGUGGUGGGAGCACCCGAAGGGUGUGAACGUCUUGGGCUGUGCCAGUCGUGCUCUGGGGCCUGGUUCUCCACUACGCCCCGGGUGGUUAUUUAUGCCAGUGCACAGAGGGUGCUGAGUGCCACUCAGUCACCAUGAGGGAGUUUCACCCACACUUUGCCCUGGCUUAAAUGGCUGCACAGAGCAAUGGGGAAUCAGGUGCCCUUUGUGCCAGCAAGGCUGAUGCCAAGGGGCUGUGCCAGGCAGGCGUCAGCUCCUGGGGAAUAGCCCUGGCCUUUACACCACCUCUGCAGCAGCUCUGGGCCCAGGGGCCAUCCUGGGGGGAAGGGGUAGAGAAAGGGAGCAGAUGGGGGUGGGAGGAUGUGGGGCUGGAUCUGCACCCCGAUCGGUGAUUCUGCACCCCUGCAAACCCCAUAGGGCUCAAUGAGGUAGAGGCACAAUGUUGGGCCACUUUGGGGGCUGCUCUGGGGUCCCCCUACCCCCCUCUUACCCUGAGUAGGGGAGGCUGCUGCCUCUUGGGCCAGGUGCAGGGAGGGAUCUGGUCCCAAGAGGGAGAAUUAGGACGAACCUCCGGAGCAGGAGAGCUGAAUGGCAGGUGCCAGAUGGAGUGAGAUGGUGACAGCUCUGCCGAUUGCUUUGUUUCCAUCAGCUGUUGGUGCAAGACGACCCAUAGCACUUACUGAACCCUUGCAAGAUUGGGCGUGCGCCUGGUUGGAUUCGCCUGGGGGAGUUUCUUCCCCCCCCCCCCCCGGGGGGGCCUGGUGUCUCCCUACCCUGCCGCAAAUCUGCCCAAGGCCGGUGGGAAUGGCCCGUUGCAGUGAUCAUUGGAAUUCCAGCAGCAAGGUUGCGUCUGGCUGUGUGCACCCGCCCAGGUGUACCGUGGCUUCGGGGAGUGGUGCUAGCUCUCUGUGACUUGCAAAGCUUUGCCCGCUUGGUCUCCCGUCCGUGGGAAGAAUGGGCUCAGUUUCGGAGCUGCUCACAGCAGUUCCCCUUCACCAGAGGCCGGAUCUGGUGGAGGUCUGCGCCGAGCUCAUCAACGAAGAGUGGAAGAAAAGCAAGACCUCUCGCAUGUACUCACUCCAGAAGUCCACGGACAACUUCCCCUUGUGCCUGGUGCUGAUUAAAACCCAGAGGGCCACAGAGGCUGCCGAGGAAGGGAAGAUGGAGAAGACCCAGCUCCUUGGGCACACCAGGUUGUCCCGUGUAGUCAGCCAGCCCCAGAGCUUGUUUGUGGAAACGGUAGUGGUUUCCAGGGUGCUGCGGGGCCAGGGGUAUGGCCGGAAGCUGAUGGAAGCCACCGAGUGCUACGCCAAGUCCCGUGGCUUCAGGCAUCUGCACCUGACUACACAUGACAAGCAGCACUUCUAUGCCCACCUGGGCUACACCGCAUCUGAGCCGGUGCAGAGCAUGGGGUUCAUGAGCUCCCUGGUCCCCAUGGAGUUCCUGCAGAUGUUCUCCAGCCCCCCUCCUCAUGCUAGAGCACCUGCUUGGGGACUGGAAAAGCCCAGCCCCACCACCUCCCAUCUUAACAGCAGAACUUCAGGAGCCAACUUGCCUCCAGUACCCUCCUCCACGCUCCCUGCCCACUGCACCACCACUGUGUGCCCACCACCACCUCCGCCACCAUCUCUGUCUCCACCGACCUGCUCUUUAAACUCCUCACAAUCUGCCAUUCCCCCUCCACUCCCCUUGCCACCUUCACCUCCCCAUGCUUCCCCUUUCCAUUCCAGGACUGCUGCUGUUGGGCUGCCUCCACCACCCCCUUUACCUGCACAAGCUGCCCAUGUAAGCUCUGCACACUUUCUGCCCCCUCCCCUUGGUCCUCCACCGCGCCUCCUCCCUCUGCCAGGCCAACCAGGUUCUCCUGGCCCCAUCGCCUCCAGUCCACCAGGGAAGGAUCCCUAUGGUCACACCCUCCUGGAGACACCAUACCGCGACCUAAGAGGGCUCCCCAUCUUUUGGAUGAAGAAGGACAUUUGACUCCCGCACAGUGUGCCAAUGAGAUGGUGAUUAAAAGUUGGGGGUGGGGAGAACUCUCCCCCUCCACCUUACCCACUG